GAAGAAUAGUAUGGCUGGGGUCUGUGGUGGAGGUAGCUUCCUGUGGGAGUGGUGUGCUUCUGGUUGCUGUAUUGCCCCUUUGCCCUGGGGGAUCUUAGGGGGCUGGUCUGUGGCCAGAGAAGCCUGCAGUUCAUGCUGCCUCCUGGCCAGGCUGGGGCAGGUUCACUGGCACUGACUGCUUGGGAUACGGUUGGGAGGCUGCAUGCUCUGUAGAAUGACUCCAGCUGUGGGGUCUGGGUCUCCUGGGCUGCAGAUGGCUCCAGGACAGUUGGUGCCUCCUAUGCCAGCUGUUUUGUCUCUGAAUGGGAUGGUGGUUACCUGAUGGUGGUUGGCAUUGAGGGGAUGGCUGCUGGUGAGGAAAAGGUUCUCAGGUGUCCCAGGAGCCUGCCAGCCCUGGAUGCUCCAAGCCCCAGUGUCUGCGCUGCCAUCCAGAGCCAGGACAGGCUGCCCUGUGCCUCCCCACCCAUCACCCAGGGAGAAUGUGAAGAACAAGGCUGUUGCUACAACCCCAGUGAUAGGGUGAAGCCUUGUUACUAUGGCAAUACAGUGACAGUGCAGUGCACUCCAGACGGCCAGUUCUCCCUCGCAGUCUCUCGGGCUGUGACUCUGCCUCCCCUGAUCCUGGACUCGGUGCAUCUGGCCAGUGGGCGCGGAGCUGGCUGUGUCCCUGUGGGGCAGAACAACGCCUUUAUCCUGUUCCGGUUCCCACUCUCUGCCUGUGGUACCACUUUCCAGAUGGCUGGAGACCAGGGUGUUUAUGAGAAUGAGCUGGUGGCAUCCAGGGAUGUGAGAACCUGGAGUCUAGGCUCCAUCACCCGGGACAGCACUUUCAGGUGCCCAUACACAGGAGAUAACUACCGCACCCAGCUGGUGCCUAUAGGAGCCGCCUCGGGACUGCCGUUCCCAUCUCACCACCAGUGCUUCAUCGUCAGCACCUUCACCUUCAUGGAGUCUGCCUCCCAGUGGGCACUCACAGGCCCAGUGUACCUGCACUGCAGCGCCUCAGUGUGCCGGCCCUCCAGGCUAGAGCCCUGCACCCUCUCCUGCCCUGCUGUAGCCCGGGGCAGGAGGAGCUCUGAGCAGCACCUUCAGGAUGGGCUUUCCCACGUCACCAGCCAGGGGCCUGUGCUUCUCCUCCAGGCCAGGCUGAAGAGGGAAGUGUUUCCAGAACUUGGGUCACCAAGGAGCACUGGAGCAGCCUGGAUCUUGGCCUUAGCUGGGGUGAUGCUGAUGGGGACGUUGUGUGUGACGCUCAUGGCAGUCAUGUGGGGGAGAUGGAGAAAUGCAGCCUGUGAGAUCAGUAUGAUACAAUAA